AGCUCCCUAUUGUUCCCCACCACAGUCUCUGGGACCCCUACUCCAGUGAGUGUGUGUGGCUGUGUGUGUUUGUGUGUGUGUGUGUUUAUCGCUCUCGACCAAACCUCUUCUUUUGACUAAGUCACUUCAGGGUCUGAUUUAAUCAUGUCUGAUGUAGAGGAAGAGUAUGAGGAGCAGGCAGAGGAGGGAGAAGAGGAACAAGAGGAGGCUACAGGGCAGGAGGAUGAAGAGCAAGAGUACACAGAGUACCAAGAGGAGACCCAGGAAGAAGAGGAGGAACGGCCACGACCCAAGCCAAUGGCUCCUCAACUUGCGCCUCCAAAGAUCCCAGAAGGAGAGAGGGUUGAUUUUGAUGACAUCCACAGGAAGCGAAUGGAGAAGGACCUACUGGAGUUGCAGACGCUGAUUGAAGCCCACUUUGAGCAGAGGAAGAAGGAGGAAGAGGAGCUGAUUGGCCUGAAGGACCGAAUUGAGAGACGUCGCUCAGAGCGAGCCGAGCAGCAGCGUGUGAGAGCUGAGAAGGAGCGAGAUCGGCAGACAAGGAUCGCUGAGGAGCGCCAGAGGAAGGAAGAUGAGGAGGCAAAAAAGAGAGCAGAUGACGAGGCCAAGAAAAAGAAGGUUUUGUCUAAUAUGGGGGCUAACUUUGGCGGUUUCCUAGCCAAGGCAGAGCAGAGGCGAGGGAAGCGUUUGACUGGAAGAGAAAUCAAAAGGAAGACUCUGGCUGAGAGACGCUCUCCUCUGGGCAUUGAGAACCUGAGAGAGGACGGUCUGCGGCAGCGAGCUCAGGAGAUGUGGAACUGGAUCUACCAGUUGGAGUCAGAGAAGUUUGAUUUCAUGGAUCAGAUGAAGAGGCAGAAGUAUGAGAUCAUUGUGUUGCUGAACAGGAUUUCACAUGCCCAAAAAUUCAAAAAGGGCCACGGAAAGGGAAAGGUUGGAGGUCGCUGGAAAUGAACUGGUCUGCUCUUCCAGAAGCUGCAAACAGAAGUUAAACCUGACAAACAGAAAACAGAAGUGAAAACAGAAAAGAAGCCUUUUUCUGUUCCUCUUCGCUCAUUCACGCGCUUUUCCUUUUCUUCAUUAAAAAGUCUGGAAGGGGAAAUGUGAUUGGGUGUAUUCGUAAUAAAAAAGCUCUCACAUGCA